GUUAUUAGAAAAGAAUUGUUUAUGCCAAAUAACAAACAGAGAGCACAAAAGAAUUUCCAAAAAAAGAAAAAAACAUUAAUUAAACAAUAUUUUAUCAAUUUCUAAAAAAAAAUCCAUUUAAAUGAGUUCACCAACAACAAAAAACAAUAGUGCUGAUGUUAGUGCUACAAAGCAGCGCAAAUCGUCAAAAGCUAACAUGACAGCUAAAUCAUCAAAUCUCGACACGCGAGCCGAAUUGGCUGAUUUAAUUAAAAAGAAAGCUGAAACUUCAGAACAAUUGGCAAGUUUAGAACGACAAAUUUACGCAUUUGAAGGUUCAUACUUGGAAGACACUCAAUUGUAUGGAAACAUUAUUCGCGGAUGGGAACGUUAUUUGGUAACAAAUAAAGCCACCAAUUCAAAAGCAGACAAACGCAAUAGAAAGUUCAAAGAAGCUGAACGUUUAUUCUCGAAAUCAAGCAUCACUUCAAUGGCAAUAUGUAGUCCGGAACAACGGCAAAGCGAAUCAGAAUCAGUCACAAAUGAGGAUUCAAGCGACAAUCAGAUAAACAAUCACAACACCACCACCGCUCACGAUGGAGCGACGUCUAUAAAAAGUGCAGGAAAAGAUGAAAACGAUGCUGAAGGAGGUGGAACUACACCAAACAGAGACGGAAACAACAAGGACCCAGCCACACCAAGUGGGAGCGCCAAACACAAACUCAACUCUAGCAAUUCUAAUUCCGUUUCAAAAGUUGCCAGAAUCAUCAAAAAAGCAAGACAUCGCUAAAAUCUUACAAAACAACAAAAAAGAAUCCAAUUUUUAUGGAAAAAUAAUACAUAAUUAUAUUACUGUUGGAAUAAGCCACAUUUCUCGA